AUGGUGAGGUGCUGGCAGCGAUCGGAGGAAGCACAGAGCGCGGAUGGGGGUCCUGACGUCCCCCGCUGGUCCCACUACUUCCCACUCAAGGCGUUCUGGGUCAGCCUCUCGGCCUUCCUGCUCCUGCUGGUCGUCACCCUCCUCCUGACGCUGCUGCCUCAGCCCCACGCUCAGCCGUCACACACUGUGAGGAUCUCCGCCUCCGAUCAGACCGGCGCUCCGAUCAACCAGUCGGCCGUCGUGGACCAGCAGAACGACGUGGUGGUGUUCUCCGUGACCUCGUCGGCGAAUCGGACGUCCACCGUGCUCUUCGACGUGAAACACGGUUUGGUUUGUUACAAGCCGGUGCAUCAGGACAGCUGCUUCCUGCGGCAGAUGGAGCAGUCGGACUACGACAACGUGAACUCCCUCCUGCAACAGGCUGCUCCCCAGCAGAGCCAGAUCCAGCUGUCUGGGAAGGACAUGCAGAGGCAGACGGAGUUCCUGGGAGUCCUGGCAGCCAGCCAGGUCAACGUGUCGUCGCUGGAGGAGCCUCUGCAGGCCCUGUGUCAGGACAGGCCGGUGCACUGGACCAGGAGGGCCGAGGGUCCUGGUAAACAGCGGCUGGUCUACUUCUGCAUCGACAUCUGCUUUCCCAGCAACAUCUGCGUGUCCGUGUGUUUCUACUACCUGCCAGAGUGACUCUGAUUCUCUGUAACCUGCCAGCGAAAGAUCAGGG